AGGAUGAUUGUAGUACUAAACGUUUUAUCUUUGGUAAUAUAGUGCAAGGCCCAUUUGGAUUCAGAAAUCUAGAGACCAUAAACCAUUGUAAUCUGGAGUGUUCACAAAUUUUCUAUUGGAAGUGGAAUAUAUUCUUAGUAAUUACAUUGUCACAGGUCCAAUUGGUAAAAAUUUUGGAUACCUAUACGCAAGGAUAAAAGUGAUCCAAUUUUUCCCAAUUUUGCUUUUGAUUGAAAGAAAUUAAAAAUGGCGGAUAAGCUAGCCAACAGAAGGAGGAGAUAUUGAUAAACUAAGCUGGUGGUCUUUGAUAACGAGCAGCGAAGAAGAAGGAGAAUAUGCUCAAAUGGAUAAAGAACAUGGAGGAGAAUAUACUGCAAAUAAGGGAAAAUUUAUAUUUUUUAGAUCUUUGGACGAAGAGUACAAGCUUCUUGCAGAUCUGAGUGGGUUUGAAAAUCUACAAGCUUUGUUCAAAGCUGAAGCUUUCAGGAAGAAGAGGAAGACAAACAAUAAGCUGCUGGAGCAGAAGAUCGUCGAAGCUCAUGACCAAGUUAAUACAGAAAAAGAAGAAAAGCAGAUUAACACCAGUCAAGAUGAAGAAAUGGUGUCCAUGGAAACAGAAUCCAGUUUGAAAAACUCCAAUUCUGUGUUCCCAAAACUCCUUGUUAAUACAGAAAAAGAAGAAGAGCAGAUGAACAAUGGUCAAGAUGCAAAAAUGGUGUCCGUGGAAACAGAAUCUGGUGUGAAAAACUCCAAUUCCGUGUUUCGAAAACUGCUUCGUGGACCAAGAUAUUUUGAUCCGCCAGAACAUAGCAGUUUUGCCUGUCGUCGUUGUGGUGAGGGAGGUCAUACAGGGAAAAAUUGCACAGCUCAGAAGCGGAGGAGGCCGUGUUCUCUUUGUGGGAGUUUGGGGCAUAGAAGGAGGCGUUGCAAGCUGAAUUGCUUUUCCUGUAGAUCAAGAGGACAUCUUGCUAGAGAUUGCCCAUACAAGGACCAAGAAGAUAAUCCAAGUGACAGAAUUUGUCUAAGAUGUGGAGAUUCAGGGCAUGAUAUGUUUUCAUGUUCAAAUGACUACUCUCCUGAUGAUCUUAAGGGAAUACAGUGUUAUGUAUGCAAAUCUUUUGGUCAUCUAUGUUGUGUUGAUUCAACUUCUGCGGUUCCAGUAAAUCUUUCUUGUUACAAUUGUGGCCAAUAUGGCCAUCUAGGUUCGGUUUGCAUGAAGACAUGCCGAUAUACUAGUGGCAAAUUUCGAGCUUUAUGCCAUGUUGAUAGGAAGGUCGUUUUACAAGAGGAUGCCCAGAUACUGUGAAGGUUGUGCACACAUAUUUGGUGUUUACCUGUACUCAAGGCUUUUAUCACAAUCAACUAACACUAUUUUUCCUUUUGUGGGAAAAAUGAAAAUCCAUCUCGGUGAUAACCAGAAGGUGAAUAAGAAAAAGUACAAUUUUGCACCUUGUAUGUUGUAACCUUUGUCAGUGGUUAGAAUCCAGGAAAACAAUGAAGAAAACUGUUCAAAACUCGAAAUAUAGGGAUGAAUGGAGUGUCUUUUUUGACAGAAUGUAAAGGUAAAUGCUGCUUUUGAGGUUGGCAGAACAAGGAGAUAAUUAUAACAGUUGACAGCAAAUUAGACCUCCCUCUUUAAUGUUUGUCUCUUGGUUCUAGGGACUUUAUAAAUGAUGUUCGGGGUGAGAUCUAAAACUUUUUCCUUGCUUUGUAGAACAUGUCUUUUCCACCAUAAGUGACCCCUCACUCUUUAUGCAUUCUUCUGAUAUUUGAUGAGAUAUUUCAAGGUGCAGAACUGAACUGCAGUGUUGUCCCUCUACUGCAUUUGACCCAUUUGGAGUCCUCUAUAUCUCAAAAAAAUCCAAGUAAUAUUUCCGGGAACGGGAUUCAACUUAAGCAAGCUUCAAUCCAUAACGAUUGAAUAUUGAAGCAUGGGAAUACUAGGUUUGACAGUGAAGAAGGGACCGAGUUCUGUAUGCAUGCGUACUUGUAAACUGCAUUGAGAUACGAGUGAAACCGCAUCUAAACAGAAAGGUGAGGGUCAACACCCCUCGUAUGGAACGCAUGGUAUUCCUUCAAGUCUAAAUUAAAACUUGGAGACUAUAUAAAUAUAUAUACAUUUUAUUGUUCUUAUUUUUUUUUUUCUGUUGUUGUUGUUGUUGUCUAAUAUAACAGCUCAACUAAUUACUGUUUGUUUGGUAUAAAGUGGUUCUCUUUUAUGGA